GGACUGCUUGCGUGGAGCGGGCCGUGGAGCCCCGCGUCCCGCCGGCCGCGCCCGCGCGGAGCCUGCAGACUCGCACCCGCUCCCAGGCAUGCUGCUGCGGGGCGGCCCGGCGCUGCGGCGCUUCUCCACUGGCCGGGUUUACUUCAAAAACAAGCUGAAGUUGGCCCUCAUCGGCCAGAGCCUCUUCGGACAGCACGUUUACAGCCAUCUCCGCAAAGAGGGCCACCAAGUCGUGGGGGUGUUCACGGUUCCAGACAAGGACGGAAGGGCCGACCCCCUGGCUUUGGCUGCAGAGAAGGAUGGGACACCUGUGUUCAAGUUCCCCAGAUGGAGGGCCAAGGGCAGGACCGUCCAGGAGGUGGUGGAGGCCUACAGAGCCGUGGGGGCUGAGCUGAACGUGCUUCCCUUCUGCACGCAAUUCAUCCCCAUGGACAUCAUCGACAGCCCCAAGCUCGGCUCCAUCAUCUACCACCCGUCCCUACUGCCCAGGCACCGGGGCGCAUCUGCCAUCAACUGGACUCUAAUUAUGGGAGAUAAGAAAGCUGGGUUUUCUGUUUUCUGGGCUGAUGACGGUUUGGACACAGGACCCAUCCUUCUUCAGCGGUCAUGCGAUGUCAAGCCCAAUGACACAGUGGACACGCUUUAUAAUCGAUUCCUCUUUCCUGAAGGAAUCAAGGCCAUGGUGGAAGCUGUCCAACUCAUAGCAGAUGGAAACGCUCCUCGUAUCCCCCAGCCAGAAGAGGGGGCAACGUAUGAAGGGAUCCAGAGAAAGGAAAACGCUGAGAUUCGCUGGGAUCAGACUGCUGAAGCUUUGCAUAACUGGAUCCGAGGUCAUGAUAAAGCCCCCGGAGCCUGGGCAGAGAUAAAUGGACAGACGGUGACUUUCUACGGCUCCUCGUUGCUGAACAGUUCUGUGCCUCCCGGGGAAGCCCUGGAAAUUAAAGGCGCCCAGAAGCCGGGCCUUGUUACCAAGAAUGGACUUGUUCUCUUUGGCAGUGACGGGAAAGCGCUGACGGUGAGAAAUCUGCAGUUUGAAGAUGGGAAAAUGAUCCCCGCCUCCCAGUACUUUUCGGGGGACGAAUCCUCCACUUUGGAGCUCACUGCCGAGGAGCAGCAGGUAGCAGUGACCAUCCAGGGCAUCUGGGCCGGAAUUUUGAGCAAUGUUCGAGCCAUCGAAGCCUCUACGGACUUCUUCAAAUCCGGAGCGAGCUCAAUGGAUGUGGCCAGGCUGGUGGAAGAGAUCAGACAGAAGUGUGGCGGCCUCCAGCUCCAGAACGAAGACGUCUACCUGGCCACCACCUUUGGAGACUUUGUGCAGAAGGUGGUGAGGAAGCUGAGAGGAGAGGACCAGGCAGCGGAGCUGGUCGUGGACUAUGUGUCGAGGGAGGCGGACGGCAGGACCGUGAGGAUGCCGCACCAGUGCUUCAUCGGCGGGGAGUUCGUGGAUGCGCAGGACGGGAGGACCUACAACGCGGUGAACCCAGCCGACGGCUCGACUAUAUGCAAAGUAGCCUAUGCUUCUUUGGCGGAUGUCGAUAAAGCAGUAGCGGCCGCAAAGGAUGCCUUUGAAAACGGCGCAUGGGGAAGAAUGAACGCCAGAGAGAGAGGAAGGUUGAUGUACAGACUGGCAGACCUCCUGGAAGAGAACCAAGAGGAGCUGGCCAUCAUUGAAGCCCUGGACUCAGGGGCCGUCUACACCCUGGCGCUGAAGACUCACGUUGGGAUGUCUGUGCAGACUUUCAGAUACUUUGCCGGCUGGUGUGACAAAAUCCAGGGGUCUACGAUUCCCAUCAACCAGGCUCGUCCAAAUCGCAACCUCACCUUCACCAAGAAGGAGCCCAUCGGUGUCUGCGCCAUCAUCAUCCCCUGGAACUACCCACUUAUGAUGUUGGCCUGGAAGAGUGCCGCGUGCCUGGCUGCGGGCAAUACCUUGGUGCUCAAGCCGGCACAGGUCACUCCCCUGACAGCUUUGAAGUUUGCAGAGCUGUCUGCACGGGCUGGCUUCCCGAAGGGAGUGAUUAACAUCCUCCCCGGCUCAGGGGGCGUGGCAGGACAGCGCCUUUCUGAGCAUCCUGAUGUCGGCAAACUCGGGUUCACCGGUUCCACUUCCAUUGGCAAACAGAUCAUGAAGAGCUGUGCUGUGAGCAACCUGAAGAGAGUGUCCCUGGAGCUGGGCGGGAAGUCCCCACUGAUCAUAUUCAGCGACUGUGAGCUCAACAAGGCCGUGCGAAUGGGCAUGGGCGCUGUCUUCUUCAACAAGGGAGAGAACUGCAUUGCGGCCGGGCGGCUCUUUGUGGAGGAGUCCAUCCACGACGAGUUCGUGAUGAGAGUGGUGGAAGAGAUUAAAAAGAUGAAAAUUGGCGAUCCACUUGACAGAUCUACGGAUCAUGGGCCCCAGAAUCACAAGGCCCAUCUGGAGAAGCUGCUGCAGUACUGUGAAGCCGGAGUGAAGGAGGGGGCCACCCUGGUGUAUGGGGGGAGACAGGUCCAACGGCCAGGCUUUUUUAUGGAACCGACUGUGUUCACAGAUGUGGAAGACCACAUGUUCCUCGCCAAAGAGGAGUCCUUUGGACCCAUUAUGAUCAUUUCCAAGUUCCAAAAUGGGGACAUUGAUGGUGUGCUACAGCGAGCAAAUAACACUGAGUAUGGUUUGGCCUCAGGGGUUUUCACAAGAGACAUAAACAAAGCCAUGUAUGUGAGUGAGAAACUCGAAGCAGGGACCGUGUUUAUUAACACAUACAACAAGACCGACGUGGCGGCCCCGUUUGGCGGAGUAAAGCAGUCUGGCUUUGGGAAAGACUUAGGUGAGGAAGCCCUAAAUGAAUACCUCAAAACCAAGACAGUAACGCUGGAGUACUAGGCAGUGUGGUUGCCUGGAGACCUUGGCUUCUCACCUGUCCACAAGAGGCAGGAGGGCCCAGCCACAAGCCUAAAAACACAUCCGUGGUGGACAGGGAGGGCCAGGCCACUAUCAGCAUUUACACAUGUGCCUGGGUAUUAUCUGAUCCACAUUUCCUACCUUCAAGUGAUCUGCAGUUGAUGAGUUUGACUGCCUUGUAUGGUGCGCACAUUUCUAAGACACCCACGUACCUUUUCCAACAAAGACUCACCGACCCCUGGUGUCCACUUGAAAAUGUCAGCCUCUUGCAGCUGGAUGCACAUGGUGCCUUUGUCAGACUCUGUGUGCCUGCAGGUUUUAACAUCUGAGCCAUAGAUGUGGGUUGUGAAAAGGCUUUUCCACAAUGCUACUUUCCAGGAGCAGUCAACCGGAAGGGUUGUGAAGGCGGUUCUGAUUUUGUAUUGGGUUAAGAUGCGUCUUUGUGCCUUUGCUGUUCUGCUUGUUAAUCCUCAUGCUGGAUGACUGGCCCACAAAUACUGCUUGAGUAUUUACCUGCCAGAGAGGUGCUGUUUACCUUCUGAGUGUACAGAAAUUAACGACAUGAUCUUUGGCCCCGUGUGGUUUAAAUUCUAGCAAACAGCUUUUAAAGUGAAUUUUACAGUGAGAUAAAGAACAGAAAGCCUCUGAAGGCUGAACUAGAUUCACAGCAGGCCAUUCCACCAUCUGUGCAACUCUGGGAAUCAUUUAGGCCGCAUCUCAGAGCCCUGGCUUCCUGUGUGUACUACAGGGAUGGGAAGUCUUCCUCAGAGACUUACGACGAAUAUUCAAGGCAAUAAUGUUUUUCUCCAUCACUAUUUUAAAAAUCUACUAAGAUACGUUGGCUACCUAGAUGGCUUAGUCUUCCAUGCCUGCUUUCAGUAAUCGUGAGUUCAUACACUGUUUUUCUCCUCCAUCCAUUCUCCCAGGGCAGCAGGAGUCGGGGAACGCCAUGGCCUGACAAGAAGGCGUGGUGUCAGAAGGGUUGAUUUUCCUUCGGCAGCUUCCUGUCCUUCAAAGGACCUUUCACCUCUCAUGUUUCUACCCUUGGCUCUGCUGCCUCCUGGCUGUGUAGCCCGAGCAAGUUAGUUACACAUCAUAGUUCUGAAGCUAGGGUGGGGGUCUGUGAAAGGGAGGCAAAGCCCCCAUGUCCCUGGGUGCUGCCUGGAUUCCAGGAGGUAAUGGACACAACACACUUAACACGGUGCCAGGGCUCAGUCACUGUGGGGCUCAGGACAUUUCCCCUGUCAGGAAAAAGUGGGUAGGCAAGUAGGUUCCCACCACUGACCUGUGACACAGCCACAAGGGGAUUUCCGGAAUCACAGAAGAUUCCCGGAAAUGGCCGGCUCAAUUAACUCCUAUUAGUCCUCCUUUAAAAGUACAUUUUCAGGAAGCAUUCUUAUUUCUCUGGCUUUGAAGGAGCCCCUGGGGAGUGCUCAUUACAUAGAAGACUCGGGGAAUCAAUAAACAACAAAAUGACAGCGGAAAACCUUCUCAAAGGGAAGGAUACCGGCUUGGAUCCUGGCAAGAUCAACAGAAAAUUCUGCCUAAGCUUGGAGCAGGGCUGCACAGUCUAAUCCCAGCUACUCCUGAGACUGAGGCAGGAGACCCCAAGUGUGAGGCCAACCUGGGUAACUCAGCCCUUUUAAAAAAAUAAAAUAACAACAAAUGAACUGAGUUGGGACAUGGCUCUGUGCAAAGGCCUUGGGUUCAAUCCCUAGUACAAUAAAAAAAAUUUGUGUUUGCUGACAGUAUUUUUUAUUCUACUGUAGCUCAUUUACCAUCAGAGAUUCCAGUCGGAAUGAAUAUUCACCGGACCAAAA